AUGGCUUGUGUGUUACGCUACGUGGACAAGAAUGGGCAUGUAGUUGAAUGUUUUAUGGGUAUUGUGCAUGUUACUGAUACAUCUGCUAUCUCACUUAAGAUGACGAUUGAUGAUUUAUUUUGUAGACAAGGCUUGAACAUUUCUAGAUUGCACGGACAAGGUUAUGAUGGGUUGACUCUAGUGGGUGUGGCAAGAAAACAUAAAGAUAUUGUUUCUCUUUUCACUUUUGUUGCUAAUGUUGUGAAUGUAGUUGGUGGUUCAUGUAAACGGCGUGGUAAUCUUCGAGAGAAACAAAUUUCCAUAGUUACUGAGGACCAAUUGCAAAGGAUGAGGAAGAAUGGAUGGGAAUCUUUACUUGAUGAAGUUUCUUCUUUUUGUGUCAAACAUGAAAUUCUUGUUCCUAACAUGGAUGAUCCAUUUUUAGCUCAAGGAAGACCACGACGUGAUGCUCACAAAAAUUCAAACUUGCAUAAUUAUCGUGUUGAAUUGUUUUAUGCCAUCAUAGAUAUGCAACUUCAAGAGCUAAGUAGUUGUUUUGAUGAAGUGAAUGCUGAGUUGUUGCUUUGUGUGGCAAGCUUGUGUCCAGCUGAUUCAUUUUUUGCUUCUGAGAAGCAAAAGCUAAUCCGCCUUGCUCAAAUUUAUCCAAACGAAACCUUAGUUAUCAACUUGAGAAUUAUAUUGUAG